AUGUCUUCGCCUGUGGUUUGUGCGUUUCUUUUCAGGUGGAUUCUCCCACUCGUUUUGCUUGGAGGUGGGUACUAAAUUUUGAACGAUUGUUUCAUAACAGCAAGCUAUCCCAUUUCGGUAUCACGACAUUUAUUACACAAGGACCUUUUAAACUGAAAAUUUUGGGGGAUUUCUGUAACAUAUUUGGCUAAGUUAAGUUUCAUUUUGCCUAUCUUUGUUAAGUAUUGGGUAUUUUUCAGUACUUCGAGCUUCAACUUCUUCUAUGUACGUAAACGGUGGAGAAAUAAUUAUAGCAAAAGUUUCCUGCUAACCCGGCGAAGAUCGAUCUCCCAGAUCGAACCUGUCCAGACGAAUAAGAAUUUAAUUCAAAUGUCAUCAAACCAGCGGACUGUGAAAGUCGCUUACUGAGCACAUUCGUUUUCUUUCUGAAGAGUAAAUGCAUUAGUUGUAUAAUCGAAACUGUGCCUCUUUCAAUUUCAAGUAUCUAAAGCUCUUAAUUUCUUUAUUACCACAAGUAUUUUGGUGGUGACGUAAUCUGUUGAAGUUGAACCAGUAUCAAAACUACCCAUUUUACAAAUCUAUACAUUGCAUCAUAGCCAUCAACAGGCAUUGAAAAUCGAUAUAAAUCAAUAUCAGUUGAUCCAUUGUUUUCUGGUUAUCAAAUUUCUUAUGUUAUGAACGCUGUAAAAGGCGGAAUUAUCACGCAGAGACAUCAAUCGAUUAGUGCGUGUUUAAAAUUUUCUUUAUUGCAGUAACAAGAAGUUAAUCAAAUGUUUUCUCUUGUAUUUAUUUCAUUUACAUAAAUUGAUCAAUAAACUUUUUGUUGUCACAUGUUGUUGAUGCAUAGAAUUAUCCAAGGUCUUAGAUCUGUAAAAUUAUUCCUUCUUUGUUCGUUUUUAGCUUGUUGUUUCAGAUUUAAUGGAUUCUCUGUUAUCUACUUAUGCUGCCUGUUAGCAGUUCCUCUUCUUCCCAAUCCAUCACGAGGUUUGAAUUAUCUCUUCCUUUAUUUCCUAUGAAUUGAAUAAUUUUUUUUUCUAUCCACAGUCUGUGAAAUUUUAAACAAACUCUAAGCUAACUCAUAAUUUUUAUUUGAACAGCUUUAGGCCCCACAGGAAAUUUUCAGAAGACCCUUCUUGGCCUAUCAGUGUUUGCCUUGAUGGCACAGAUUGCAUUCCAGAUAGUCUUAGCAGCAUUACCACCAUAUGGACAUUUCUUUCCAAACUGUAAGUAAAAGGGGAACUGUGUGAGUUCUCUUUGCUUUUUUCAAUCCCUUAACCCUGAAUACCUUAACAUCAGUAUGCAUAUUCCCUAUACUGUUCUCUAUACAUUUGCUAUGGUAUUGAUGAGGAGGAUUUGCACAAUAAACAAGAGCUUUGUGAGUAGGUAGUCAUUUCCUGUAUUCUCAUAACCUUAAUGUUUGAUUUAGUAAUGAUAAUGUAUGGAGAAGUAAGAUGUUAGUCACUCACAAUGGUCAAAGGUUUAACCCUGAGGAGUGACCAAUACAGAAUUUCUCCUUGCAAUAUCAAUAACUUUUCAAGCAAAAAUGUGAGGUGGAGCAAGAAAAAUAACAACUACAGGAUGUUGUUUAUUAAUAUCAUCAACCUCUUAGAGGUAAAGAACAGAAAGAGUAUGGCAGAUAAUGAAGAGAAUUGAGAAAUCUUGAUGGAAAAUAUUUAAUUUGAUUUUUUUCUAUCACAUAUAUCAUUAGAUUUAAUUGUUUUUCAAUAUAAUUUGGAUAGUAUACUAAUAGUAUAUCGAUUCAACUUUAUCUAUAUUUCUGGGUUGAAAUAUUAUGCAAUAAAUCAAUUACUAUUAUUUUCAAUGUAGGUUCUGUGUAUGAGCAACUUACCAGGCAAAUUGGACUCAGUAGGUAAAACAUUUGCUCUUUGUCAUCUGACUUUUCUCCCAUACAUCUUUUCAAUUUGAAUUUGUUGUUACACCAGCCUGUAGCUCUUUUAAAAGUGGAACUCAGCUAGUGUUUUCAUGUACUUGCUCUGGGUGGUCUUAUCACAAAGAAGUUUAACCCUUUAACUCCCAUGAGUGACCAAGACAGAAUUUCUCUUUACAACAUCAAUACAAUAUCAAGCAGACAAGUAACGAGAAUAAAGAAAAUAUCAAUCAGGGGAUUAUUAGUUGAUCCAAUAGUAUAUUCUCCAAACUAACAUCACAAGAACUAUGUAGAAGACAGUAAGGAGAAUUACUGCUGAGAUCUUGGGAGUUAAAGGGUUAAGAGAAGUGCUCAAAUUAUUGUAUUUUAUACAGAAAUUUAUUUUCAUCUCCAAACAAUAUGAAUGUAUUAAACACACACCUCUACUAAGCCGAUAGAAAUGGUGAUCUGUGACCUAGAUACAGUUGAUAUAUCUGUUAUGAGGUUAUAGUCAUGGCCAUAUUGACUUGUCUGAACAAAUUUAGAUUCUUGAAAUGCGUAAUAUACAGCUGUAUGUGACUAAGUGAAGAACAUUUUGAUAACAGGGAGUUUUAUUUUACAAACAGGUUUGAUGGUGUCUCAGCACUAGAUGUGUUUAGAAUCAUUGUCCCAGAUGUGGUGGUUGUAGCUGUAUCUAUAACAUGUGUUGUCUGUUGCCGAGGGUUAGUGGACUCCUCUUCUCUCCACUCAACAACACCACAGCGUAUUAGGAUAACAUCUGACUCUUCCUCAUGGGAUAAUGUGAUGCCAUAUUUUAUUGCUGUUAUGUUACUUUCUGGUGGAAUAAUGCUUCCAUCUCUAGCCUCUGCAAUAUACUUUUUAAUGUUCCUGAUCUUGGGAACAAUGUGGGCAUGCCAUAAGGCAGUUAGACUACGACGCAAGAAAGCAUUUGCUUCUGUUAGAAUUGCUCUGAUGGUUUACUCUGGUGUGCAUGUUUUGACUUUCUACAUGUACCAGUUCCAAUUUUUUCAGGAUGUUCUUCCACCUGAAAGUUUACUUGCCAGGUAAGAUAACUAAAACAUCCAUAAUGACCUGCAUACUCUGCCAGAGAGCCUGAAACUAGGCUGUUCAUGAUUACUAAACCAAAUCAGUGCUAUCUAUAAGUACUGGUAUACAAUAAUGUAAAACAAAGGUACUUAACAGCAGAUACUGUUUUAACCCUUUGACUCCUAGAAGUGAUUAACAUGUAACUCCUCCCUAAAAUGUCCUUACAUUAUCUGGUGAUGAGAAUACCAAAACUUAUCAGGUAGAACUACACUAAAUUCUUGUAACUAAUUUACAUGGAAAUGAGUCUCAGCUGGAACUACACCAAAUUCUUGUUACUAAUUUACAUGGAAAUGGGUCUCAGCUGGAGGAGAGAAUUAGCAAUUAGUUAUUGGGAAUUAAAGGGAUAAAUACAUGUACAGUUGUAAUUUAGAGAAUAACUUGUAAAGAAAUAAAUUUUGUGACCUGUGGAUUAAAGUCAAGUGAAAAGUGGUCCUCACAAGUGGACUGCAGUUAUUAAGAAAUAAAGAGAAGAAAAAGAAGGGGCCCCCCCCCCCAAAAAAAAAAGAAAAAUUCAGGCUUUCAUGGGAUUCAAACAUGUGCCUGCCAGAUUCUUGUUACAUUACCUUACAUUAGUGUUAAACCAAAUGUUUGUUGAUCCCUUUGUAAAUUGAUGCAUUACAUUUUAUUUGUUUUUGUUUUCUUAUAGAUUAUUUGGCCUUGUGGGAAUAAUAUACACUGACUGUAGUGCUCCUUUAGCACUUCAUGUAAGACCUUACUUGGACUGGCCUCAGUGUGCAUCUCCUGGGGUGAUCUUGGCACUUUAUUGGCUUUUAGCAACAGAGACACGAUACUACUUUAUUCAUGUAAGCGACAUUGUUUUUGUGUGUGAAAUGUCAUUUUAGAGCUUUAUUUUUGUAUUGAAAAUUUUGAAUUUUCCUUUCUCUGACAUUUCUACAUUCUGAUCAGAAAUUAUCUCCAAAUGUAUCCUGGUGAUAACACCAGCUUAGGUUGUCAAGAUGUAGGCCACUGUUGCCAACACUCCUUUUUAAGAGCUAUUCUUACUAAGAUGACAAUAUGAUAGCACAAUCAACUGUUAUUCUGGAGUUCAAACCACCUCCAAUACUAUACGUCUACUUCUUUUUAUUGUUCUCUCUUUUUAUUGUUCUCUCUUUUUAUAGUUCUCUCUUUUUAUUGUUCUCUCUUUGCGUGCUUUAUCGUCAUAUUUUUUAUCAGAUUCUAGUGGCUUAUUCUAUGUGUACUAAAAUUUUCUUGCUUGGCUUUCACUAUUGUAUUCAUUACUCUUAACAGUUUUAUUUGGUUUUUCGUUCAUGAGAGAGGGAAUUAACAAAGUUCUUCCUGAUUAUUUGAAUUUUGGUUUUAUAAUGAACAGGACAAUGGAUCAAGAUAUGAAAGGCAAACACAUUGGUGGGACCCCAGGACCUGGCCCCAGACCUACUCAGCUGAGAGACAGGUAACAGCCUUUCAGAGUGAAUCUUAGAAAUAAGUUCUUUUUGUAUGCUGUGAUUAAAUUAAUAAUAUCCACGAUUAGCUACAAUUGAUUGUAGUGUGGGAAUUGGUGCAUUAAAAAGUUUCAGAUCAUUACUAUAAGAAGGUUCUAGGGAUAGAGAAUGUACAUCAUUAACCAAACAUUAUGAUAAUCACUUUGUGGGGCAUUAUGGUUUAUUUUGUAAGUCAAAAUGGAGAUUUUGGCUUUAACCUACUGGCACCUUUACAAGACUGUUUACACUGUUCUUGUUUUCUUGCCCUCAAGAGUGAUAACCAUAGCAAUAUAGUUUCCUUGGACAAAAAUGUAUUAAGGGCCCUUUUCAGAACUCAUUUUAACCCUUGCCACUGGGUUAAAGUUGUUCUGAGUGGAGCCCAAAACAUAUUAUACCCACAAACAUUAAGUUUUGAUUUGACUAUUACUCAUCAACAAAUGAAUAUUCAUGUAAACUGCAGCUGUUUUUUAUCACUGAAGAAAGAAAAGAUUUGCAUGAAAUUGAUGUGGUGUUUAUGUUAAAUGUUCACCUCCAUUCCAUAGUCCCUAAUGGUAGGGGGCCAAACCAACUACAAUACUUUGGGACCUGUUCCUGAGAGCAUUGUCACUGAGGAGCCAGUCCAACCAAUUCAGGAGCCUUAUGAAUACCCAGGAGUGCAGGGAACUCUGGGAAGCAUCAUGAUGUUCCUCAUGAGACAAAGCUACAUUGCAGCUCUUAUUAUUAUGAUGGUAAGUUUCAAUCAUAGUGUAGUGACUCUUGUAUGUAUUUUUUUCAUUACAUCUCCUAGUCAGUAUACAUGUGCACUAUGAUUGGUUAAUUCAGAAGGCUGAGUUUAGCUGUUACAUUAGAGCUUGCUAAAUUCAAAAUUUUGUUUCAGUUUAAAUCUCCACCGUCUAUUUGAAUCCAGAAAUAAAACAAAUAUCUUACUAACUUAGUUCAAGGUCUUUACUGUAAAUUACAGAACUUUGGGUUUUCCCUCUGCAUUUGUGACCCAAGUGCUUUUGUGAUCUGGCCAUAAAUCUUUGAGGAAAAAAAUCAGGCAGUAAUUUACUGUAUAGACCUCAGACUUGGUUAGUAAUAGUUUUGUAGAGUGACUCUUUGCUGAUAUCUUUUUAAUGUUAGCCAAGAUUAUAUGGAGUUGGUGAUUUCUAAAGAAAACCGGUUUCCCGCUUGGUGGACAAGUAAAUCAAUUCAUACUCAUGGCAAAAGUUGUUACAAGCUGAAGAAAUGGGCAUUAGACUUUCUUUUUUAAACGACUGUAAAUUUUGUCUCGCUGUGAUGCUUAACCCUUAAUAACUACCAAGAUCUUAAUUAUUUAAUAAUUCUCCUUACUGUCUGCCAUACAGUUCUUGUGAUGUUAAUUUGGAGAAUUUGUUAUUGGAUUGAUUUAUAGUCCCCUAUUUGAUAUUUUUCUUCAUUCUCAUCACUUGUCUGCUUGAUAUUGUAUUGAUAUUGUAAGGAGGAAUUCUGUCUUGGUCACUCUUAGGAGUUAAAGGGUUAUUUGAGAAAGAGGGCACAGGGGGAGAGUGGAGAAAGAAGAAAGGGCUCAUGGGAACAUGCAUUACUAUUUGAGUGAGGAGGUUCUGACAUUUCCAAGAUCGUCAGUUUAGAUAAUGAUUUUUUUGAAACUGAUGGUAAGAAAUUGUAUUAGAUAUACCAUAGGUAAAUUUUGUUUGCCUCAAAAGUGUGUGCUCUGCCCCCAAAGUUUGGUUUCCAGGAGAUUUUAAAUGAUCAUAUUCAGUGGGGGUUAUUGCAUUAUUUUAAGCAGUGCAAAUUUUUAAUUUUAUAUUUGUUCUGGUCCAAAGGCCUGGAGUAUUACCUACCAUUCUUGGUUGACAUUUGUCCUCUUAUUGUGGGCGUGUCUUAUCUGGAUUACUCCAUUUGCACGUUGGUUCUGUAUGGUUUCAUCGCCAGGACUUGUCAUCUAUGCUGAGUUACUUCUUCUUGUACAAUAUGUUUAUGGCCUUCAGCUCACCAAUGACGAGCUGCCACUCCAAGAUCCAACAGGAACAUUUGAUUAUUCUGAACUUGGGCUGAAGAAGUGGAAGUUCCCAUGUUUGCACCUUGGUGCUCAGGCAAGAUUUUCACUUUCAGUAACAUCAUUUGAAUCCAAUGAUUUAAUAGUUUUUUAAAUAUCAAUAAUAAAUAGAUUCCAGUUUGCCUUGUGCUUUUCAUGUGUGCAGCCAAUCACAGAUAAUAUCAAAAUUUGGUGAGAAAAAAAAGUGGCUUGGAAUUCAAUAGGGAAGGGUGUCACUGAUGUUCUUGGCACAUUAAUUUCCUCUAUGAUCUAAAACUGAACUUGCAUGUGGAAAAAUUGAAAAGACACUUGUCUUUCACAAUUACCAUGCUAUAUUGCAUGUCAGUCUUAUAUAUUUUUGUGUCGUUGUUGGUGAAAAUCAAUAUAAGACAACAACUUGGUAACACAAUUUGUUAAAAUGGUUAUUUAUCCACCAACAAUUUCAAAAAUCUUACCUGCAAAAUGUCAAUUCCAGUUAAAGUUAAAAUUUUUGCUCUGGUUCGCAAGGGCAUGUCCUUUUAGAGCUUCAUUUUCACCACACUGUUAAACUGUAGAAGCACUAUCACACAUAUCACUGCCUUUAUUUGAAAGUGGGUUUCAAUUGAAGUUUUUUUUUUUUUCAUGUCCCUUAGACUCUCUUCACUUGGGUGUUCUGGGUGACAUUGAGACAGCAUAUCAGAGAGAAGAAAAUGAAAAGAAGGGAGAGAGAAAAUGAAGAAUCUAUGCCACUGAGAAACCUGGCUCAUCCAUUUUUAAGGGCACUUCGAAAGAUGUGUAAGUAUAUUGUAGAGACAAAAAUUAGAAUGAAAAAAUGAUAAAGCAAAAUUUAAAUUAAAAAGUGUUUUACUGAAUGAAACAUUACCUUGGAAGGAACAAUUUAUAUGGUACAGCUCACUUACCAUUUGACAUAACAAAAAGACUAAAUUAAACUAUAAAUUUAAAGCACUGGUCAGUCUUCACAUUUAUCAUUAGUUAAUGUCAACCUAUAAAAGAUGAGUUCCUAGCCAGGAUCUAAAUCUGCAAAUUAAAUCUUUUCAUCCAUAUGAAGGUGUAAGGGUAGACUAUUUAACGCAUGGAAGUCAUCAGUGAUUGAGUAAAAAUGGUCAUUAAACACUUCUUUAGUUAUAUGAUAAACAUCAGGUUUGGAUUUUUGCCAAUCCAAGCACAUAUGAAAUAAAAUUACAUCAAUGAUAAUAAAUUUUAAAAAAAAAAAUGUAAAAUUUUCUUUGGUUAUUUUUCUAAAGCCUCCAUGGAACCAUCCUCCUCCUCAGGUAAUGUGUAAAUGAAUGAACUAAAUGUAACCUAAUACAUAUAUAUAUAUAUAUUUUUUUUUUUUUUUUUUUUUUUUUAAGAAAAUGAAUAAAGGGGGUUAGUUUCUAAAGAAACUGGGAUGCUGCAUUGGUGGGAUAGCAGAGCAAGGUAGCUUGGUGUUAUCAGCUGAGUUGAUAGCAUACAUUUGACAAUGGUGAGAGUUUAAAAGCUGACAUUUGGAACAUCAGCCCUUCAUCAAAGGAAAUGACAAAGGGCUAGUGCUGGAAAUGUCAGCUUUCUAACUCUAAAGCCUUUAACUCCCAGAUCAAAUUUUUAAUUCUCUUUACUGUCAACUAUACAAUUCUUAUAAUGUUAGUUCAGAGAACUUAGUAUUGGAUCAACUAAUUAUCCCUAAAUUGAUAUUUUUCUCAAUUCUCAUCACUUCUUUGGUUGAUAUUGUAUAGUUAUUGUAAGGAGAAAUUCUGUCUUGGUCACUCAUGGGAGUUAAAGGGUUAAUGAAGGCCAAUUUAUGUUAUCACCUCAGUUGAUAAUACCAAAUUACCAUGUUUAUACCUAGUUACAGUUUUAUGAUAAAGUAUAAAUCAACCAGUAUCUUUUGACGUAUAAUCUUUAAUCUCUAGUCAUCAAGGCUAAUUAUUACCCAAUUAGAAAGAAAUAAGUUAAUGAGUAAAUACAUGGCGUAAAUGAACAAUUAAAAAAUAAUUCAAUCCUAAAAUCAAUUAAUAAACUAGUGAUACUUGCCCUUUAACUUUCACUAACUGUAAAGAAGAUUUUGGCAAUUUAAUUUUCUUAAAGUCUUUUAAAAACUUUCCUGUGAUUGCAAUCUGUAGAAUAAAGUGAAUUUAUGAUAAAUGUUUAAAUUUAGUUGCAGAACUAAUCUUAUCAAUGUAAGUUCAAAGCUCAAACAUGGUUUAUGUGCAAGUACAUAUGUUUAUUUCUUAUCAUACAUUUUAGCGUGAAAUGAAAAAAGUUUUAAAAGCAUGAUAUUUGUUCACCUUUUGAGGACUUUGACAUUGCCCUCUUUUCUAAUACCUCUUAAUACAUAAUCAACAAUCUUAUUACUCUUGAUGUGACUGAAAAGAAUGAGCAGACUACCCCUCUAAUACAGCUCACAGCAUAAUUAUUUUAGUUUCCUAAACUGAAUUGAAUUCUUCACCAUUUUCAUAUUUGUCUAUUUGGCUACUCCACUUAUCUUGGUUUCUUUUCUUGAUCAAUAAAGCCACUUAAUGUGCAAGUAUUUGCACGUUAUCUGACAGGUGUAUUUAAUGCUAGAAAUAAUAGAGUUACCUUAAGCAGUAGUUUUGCCAAUUAUUGAUGAUGAUACAAACAUUAUUUUUUAGCUGUUGGUUCAGAGGAAGGUGAUUCUUUGGAUCCUAAAGCAUCAGAUGAUGCCAAAGCACUCAUGAUGUGGGUAAAAUCAGUACUCGCUAAGUACUGGAUCUUACUAUGCUGUGGUGCAUUCCUAUUGGUUGGUUUGCAGAAUGAGGUGUCAGUCUAUCAGAUUGGAUACAUGGCAAUAUUCCUCUUCAUACUAAUUUGUUAUCAGGUGAGUAGAUCAUACAUAUGUAUCAAUUAUUUUUCAGGAUACUAAAAUAUGUAUAUACACAUAUUUCUAGAUGCAAACCUCUAACAUUCCACUGAAUGUAACAGCUGUUUCAUGGCAUAGUUUGUAGUUCACUUUCCUUUGGUUUGUAUCAUAAAAGAUGCUGUGCUUAGAUUUUAAAGUGCAUGUUGAUAGCAAUGCUGAGUGCACUUGAAAGUAUCGAGCAGAAGAGCUCAGAAAAUCAGCGGUUAAGCAGAAAGAGGAUUUGCACGGACUGUCAGUUUUUUUACUUGAUGUGUAGCCGCUGGCUUUGACGACCUAGCGCCUAUAUUUAUUUUAGGCACUUUAAAAAAUUACUUCUACGGACGUUACUGGAUCUAUAACUUUGGUGGGGGUGAUGUAGUUAUUUGCCAAACAAACUGAAUAAGGACAUAAAGGCAAAUAAUACAAUAGGUGACCCACAGCCAUUUAUCCCAGAAAAAUCUACCAGCCCUAAAAACUUUAUGUAGCUUCAUACAGAUGUCCAUACAGUACAGUUCAUCACAAUGACCUAGUUGUGCGGAGCAGUACUCCAAUGGAAGCCUGUAGAUGGAAAGCGUUUUAUAAAUACGUUAUGUUAUGGUUGAAUUUUAUUCUUGGUUUACAUAUUGCUUUUCCUUGUCAGUGGGUGUGGGAGACGCGUCGGCCAAAUUGGUAGUGCGCUAGACUCCUGGUUGAGAGGUCUGGGUUCAAGACCUGGCCAGGUCAUUGUGUUGUAUUCUUGGGCAAAAUACUAAACUCUCAUAGUGCCUCUCUCCACCUAGGAGUAGAAAUGGGUACUGAAGAAUUGUCAGAGAACCCUGGUAAAGUGCUGGGAGGUAAUACUCCUAGUAGCCUCAUGCUACACUGUAUAUGGAAGCCGGGAUAGGCUCUGGCUGGGUGGGAUACUGGGCUCGAGUAAAGAAUUUACCUUACCAUGGAUGUAAUCACCGAGCAUGAAUGAAUUAACAAGUCAGUGUUUUUGUUUUUUUUUUUUGAAGAUAUCCAUUGGUACGUGGCGAUUAAUCCUUCGUCCCCUGUGGUGGGUGAUGGUCAUUUAUUCAAUUUGCAUCUUGUUACUUAUCUACACUUACCAGUUUGACAACAUGCCAGUUUACUGGCACAAUGCUACUGGACUAUCAGACCAAUGGUAAGUACAAACCUGCUGGCUCGUCUCCACAAGAAAUGUCUCAACUCAAUCAUUUUGUCAUUCGUUUUUGUUUCGUAAGAUCUUGUUUUCUGUAAUGUGACUUUUGUGUCAUACAAAAUGCCCCUUGAAAAGAAUUUUUAGCAAUGCUAUACGACUUGUGUUUUAGAACUGACAAUUAAUAUGCACAAAUUUAUCCAUAAUACAGUUCUACGGAGACAAUCUUUAACACAGGCUGAUCGGUUUCCAAAUUGGUAUUGAAAAUUUAAAAGCGUUCAUGAUUUAUUUCCAAUAGCAAAUUGUUCCUCCCACCUGACGGCAAAUGUUCCGUCUUUAGCACUUAAGCUCUUUUUUCUUUCUUUUCUUUACCAAUGAGUUUAUUUCCUUAACCAAAAUUUGCAGUGUGAACAGGGUACAUAAUAGUUUUAAAAGGAACGUUUUCCAUAGAUUAUGAUUUUUGUUUGCUGCGUUGUUCGCCAGGAGUUAACUUUCGCAUAAAUUACGAUCGUCAUCCUGUUUGUUUACAGGUUAUACAACCUUGGGCUUCGUCAACAUACAAAAGCCAGCCUUCUGUUAGAACUUCUUACUCCUACCGCCUUUUCAAUCAUCAUUGUUAUACAACUUCAUUUCUUCCAUCGUCCAUUUCUGGCCAUGAUUGAUCUAAAAGCGCGAAAUAACUCUACCGUGCACCAGUCCUCCGCCAGGGGAGCUGUUGACCCGCAUGUCCCACCACCCACGUCUCAGCAAGAUGGUGCCGGGCCAGUAGGCACUGCUCGAGGGACUAGGCCGAUUACCCAAAAGUCUCUGUUAGUUGUGGCACUUAUCAGGAUAGUGAAUUUUUACAAUGAUCUGACUGUGUUUCUUUGGAGAGUAGGAGAGCUACACAUGUUGAAGCUUGUCAAUUUGACGCUGAUUUGCGUGGUGCUUCAUCAGGUUAGAUUAAUGUCGCUUUCAAUAUCAUGCUAAUUGUAAAGUUAGGAGCACGUCUUUUUGCGAUUUAUUUUAUGUUGCCGUCAGUUAUCAUCACAGCGGGUAUCUGGGAGGAGAAACAAACAAAGUGGAUCGAGAUCCUCAAAUCACAACUUGAAAAAAUCACCCUUAAAACCCUCUGAACAUGGCAAUGAUAUUCGGAAAGUAAGCGACACGUUUGAGGGACAUGAUCUACAUCUCCAUAGUUCGCACGCUUACAAAAAGUACUGGAAUUUAGGCAACCAAUCAAAUCAAAGGCAAACGUGCGCUAAAGCUUUUGAUAGGUCUUAGUCAAUGGGUCAGUCGUUUGUUCAGUCGUCCGGUCUGUCUGCCUGUUUGUCUGGUAGUCAAUUGACUAGUUAGGCUCUCAGCCGGUUCUUUUAGACUGAAUGUACAGUGUAAGACAGCUAGCUUGCCAACCAGAUACCCAUUCGGUGAAAUAAGUAACGGAGAAUUUUGAAUAAUACACUUUCUUUUUGAAGAGCAUUAUUAAAAAUUGUUACACUUAAUGGUUGAUCUGCUGGUUUAUGCAGUUUCAUUUUUUAAGUCUUGUAGAAUACGAAUACUAUUUGUGUCUUUGAGGACUAAUUUAUUCAUCGAUGUGUCAUUCUCUUUUAGGUCUGUGCUAUCAACGCAGUGAUUAUUAUUUUGCUUGGUAUCUCUAUGCCGUCACAUCUUCUCCAGAGGGCCUUAUCUUACUGUUUUCUGAUCUGGAGCUCGCUUGUUAUUCUAAGUAAGAUGAUUUAUCAGCUGAGAUUUGUACAAGCCGAUUUAUUUCAACAUAACUGCACAGACCAGGUAAGUCUUAGGGAGUAUUUAUGCCUGAGUGUUAGAAAUAGUCACGACAAAGUAGACCAACAGAACAAGCCCAGUGGAAACUAAAAUUUAUUAGACACUAGUGCUGUGUAGCCGUCGAUAAACGAGGUGAAAUAAACCAUACGCACGCACACACUCACACAAAAUAAAACCUUAAAAGGAAAACAGGAAAAAACACCGAAAAUAAGACAAAAAAAAAUAAUUUAGAGCGAUUCGCAAUAGAUUUUGCCCACUUUUACAAAGUAAGCCACAGAGCGCAGUUAACUCCCUCUCAACUAAUAUUUUAAAUCACGUUUGAAGGUAGCGAAUGCGAUCUGACGCCGAAUCAAGCUGGGAGCAUCAUUAUUAUUUUCGUUGCAACGAACAGAGCAGAGUCUCACUGUCACGAAAAGAAAAGGCUAAGAUGCGCGAACAUGCGCGAAAGUGUGGGCGCGAGAAACGAAGAGGGCAGGCUAAGAAUAGAAAUUGAAAAGUAGUUUCUUUGACCGGCAACAAAAAGCGAUGUUUGACGCUCGCGCUUCAACUCUUCUCUUUUGGCCAAUAGGUUGGAACGGGCUCUGCUAUAUUUUGAGAAAUCUUCUUAGUAUGUUUGUUAAGUAUAGUGGGAAUGAGUCAGUACGGCUUUAAGUAGAGUUAGCAGAGAUUUGAGAAGUCAUAUUUUGAUCGUUUUAUCAUUCUCCUUUCUUUGUCCUCAGACCUUGCCUCGUCCGUCUUCUUUUAAUCAUUUUAUCAACAAUGCAUUGUGGGUUGGCUUUUACAAGACAGAUAACAUCUCGGAGGACAUAAAGGUAUUGAAAACAUUUAUACCUUUUUAUCCAAUGUAUUGUUUAUUACACGUUCCGUGAUUGGUCAUUCCUUGUGAUCUAUUUAUCUUUCUAUCCAUUGAACUGAUUACUACGCUUUCUGUGAUUAGUUGUAGCCUGUGAUUUAUCAGAGUGCAGACACGCGGUUUACGUCUGAGCAAAAUUAUUUUCUCUUUUUUGUCUUUUUCACGAGAGUCUUUAAGUUUUUGUUUCACUUUUCAGUUUUAUUUUUUAUUUUUUUUAUUUUUUUUGUAGGGAUACCUGCUGAUCGUGAUAGUUAUUGUUUUACAUGCUGUCAUUAAACAUCAUCAGGUAGGCGAUUUGGUUCCAUUUUAAGAACAUCAGUUUCCUUCGUUGUUGUCGAUAUUCGUUAGCUGUUGUAACUAGGUUUAUUUUUUCGUUGUUGUCCUGUGCCUAUGCAUGUAGACUUAAUUAACCACUCCCCAAAUGGAGAUUUUGAAGGCCAAUACCAGUGAAUGAAUGAUGAAUUAACAAACAAAGUGUUUACAAAUCUCAGCUGGCUAGAGGGAGACCAGUUGGCUGUAUACAAAGCGCAGCCAAUGAGUUGAACUUGGGGCAACCAAGAACCAAUCCAGUGAGUAGCAGGGUGGAGGGCUUGAACCCCGUGGGCACCGGAUUACAAGCCUAGCGCCCAACCACUCAACCACACUGCUUCUGAAGAGUCUUUACAGUCUCUUUUUUUAGCUAACCUGCUGAAAACGAUCAUCUCUUAAACGUUCUUAAUCAAACUUUUUUCCCCGUUGUUUUAUUUAUCGACAGAAACUCUACCGUUGGAGAAAUAAUUUGAAAGAACCAGAUGUCGGAAUAUUGUUUCCGGGAAUAACACGACCAGAUGCUGAUGAGGGAAUUGUAGAUUGUAUCAAGUAUUUGUUUAACAAGUUUUUCUUCCAUUUUGGUUGGGAGGUAAGCUUACAUUAAUCCUUAUUAUGAUUAUUAGAUGACGAAAAACUAAAAGUGAUUGUAAUUGUAGGAUGCUCAGUUUCUACGAUACAUUCAAUGAAUUGUUAAUAAUCUUUUUGAUGCCCCCAACAAUCUGGCUUAACCUGCAUCAUGGUUUUUGUUUUACUGACACACAAACAAUCAAGAGAAUGAAAUCUCUUGAUACAACGAGAGAAUAGUUUAUGAUGUCUUGAUUCAAUGUUUAUGUUGUAGUUCAAUUUUAUCCUUGAUUCAAAUUUUAUUUUCCUUUGUUUCAAACUCAUUAUCAUAAAUUACAAUACCCAAAAACAAAAGAAGAUAAAAUUAGAACCAAGGUUAAAAUUGAACCACAACACACACAUACACAAGGUUGUUAUCGAAGCCCUCUUAGUCAAACACCAUGCUACUCCCAUACCAAACCUAAGUUAACCAAACUCCGACUUGGAAGUCAAUCCCAAUUAAAAUGGAGUACUCAUCUCCAACCGAAAAAGAAAAAAAUACGACUGUAUAAGAAUCAUAGUUUAAACUAAAUCAUGGGUUAUGUCAUAUUUAGUUACUACGGUAGUCUGGCGCGUGAGAAGUUCGCCGUAUCAGUCAGGUACCUCCUCCACUUUCCGAUAACGUGACAACGUCUGCCAAUCGAACGUUACUCUGCGGUUUAAAAGCAAAACUGCCUUUUUCAUCAAUUUGGUUAUUAAACUGACUGACAUAGCCUUUAAACUGGUUCUCAAAACGCUUUACAAGCCAGGGGUGAGAAAGUAAACGAAUGAACUGAUGCUAACAUUUGCACCAUAUUGUAAAGGCAUCGUAUUCAGUCGGCGUCGAACGUUAGUUUUUCCCAAUUCCUCCACUUCCCCCCAACACCUUCACAUGAAUUGUUUUAGUGGUUGUUGGUGUUCAUCCUGCUGAUCAAGGAACAAUUACUUUGGUGUCUGAUGCUGUAUUUCACAAUUUAGUCACCUGUGUUGUAGCUCGCGUCUUAAAGACUGCGUACUGCUACUCUUCGUCAAGUGAUGAGAUCGAUUGGUUACUCGUCACUGUAUCGGAUGUUAGGCUGAGUAGAGGUUGUUAGAUAUGACUGGCUAUCCUCUCACCGUUUUCAGGUUUGCUUAGUUAUGAUCGUAAUAAAUAUGGCUGUCCGUUGUGACAUCACGUCAGUGGUAUAUGCCAUUUGGCUAGGGACAUUUUUGGUACUGGGCCGACAGAACUGCUCGAUAGUGUGGCCUGUUUAUGUGGGCUUCUUGGCAGUGCUCCUACCUCUGCAGUAUCUCCUGGUGUUGGGAUGGCCUCCUGCGCUAUGCCUGGGUAUGAAACAUCGUUCUUUUGAUCAAAGUUUUAACUUUAUCGAUGGAUUACUUGUAUCGGUUUGUAGUGCUGUCCUUUGUCUGUGUAAUACCUGUUUUGUGUUUUUACUGGUAACCCUUCAGCUGCUCUCAAAACAUUUACCCGGCGGGCUGUAUCCAUUUUUUAAAUCUCUGUUUGGAUUUAUGUUCAUCCAGAGCUGUAGCGUGAGAACUGCAAUAAAGCACAAUGAACCUGGUAAUGGCCUAACUCUUUCAGGAUUUCCAUGAAGCUCAGUGGCAGGACACCGCAACGCAGAAUUUGAAUAUUUCCGUCAAGAUCGCGCUCAUUUUGCUUUAUUAAGCUGUUGCUGAAGAUUUCUCUCCGUGUACAUAAACAAGUUUCUAACCAUAACCAUAUUUAUCCUCCCGGUGUAGCUUAUCCCUGGACCAAUGCGUUGAAGCCUAACCUCGUUCACUGGCUGUAUUUAACCGAUGUGAAGCUCCCACCCGACCCUAAGCUUCUUUUAGGUAAGUCCUGUGACCUCAAGUGAACUUUUUUGUCGUGUGUGACGUACCUUGACUGAUCUUUCCUGUUACAAUAUUUUUGUUUUUACUGAGAGUGAGAGGUUUUUUUUUAUUGCAACUGAUGCUACUCCUUUGAGGUUGACUGUCAGGUGGUUUCUAUGUUUGGUAGCAAAUGUCACGUGUUGUGACGCGAGGGACUUUAAAGUUUUCCUUGAUUCUAAUUGAGUGACUCUUGACUGAUGAUGGUUUUCUUUUUAGGUGAUUUCUUCCAACUGCUAUUCGCCUGUUGUCAAGAAAACGUGUUCUCUAUGGAGCGUUUUAAACGAUCAACUGAGCAAGCUUCUUCGGGUUCAGCUUUUAAUUCCAACAGACGAGGAAGCCGCGGAAAAACUGUUACUCCUGACUUCAUGUGGAAUAUAACUUGGCUUGACUUCGUUAAGGUAGACUUUGUAAACAUCGGCGAAAAUCAACAAUUGACGUUCUCCUUCGUCACGAACAGUGUAUUACGCUCUAUCAGUCAAAGGAAUACCACUAUUUUCCGAGUCUUUGGUAACUCUUCGUAUUUUAUUUUCAUACAGUGACUGACAGACAACAUCAGUAGGAACGUUCUCCGUCCCACUUUUAGUUGUAAGAGACAUUAAUAAUUCACCCGUCCUACCCUUACCCCUCCCCCUUCGGCACAUUUGGCAGCCCAACGCAAGACAUUACUUCUAUCAAACCACGCCUCUCUCUACAGAAAGUAACUGGUAACUUUAUCGUUGCAGGUGUUCGUAUUUCAACACAUGUACUGGGUGACUUUAGCCGUAGUAUACAUCACUGUUCAAAGCACCAUUAGCAUCUUCAAUUUUGGUUUUAUUUUGUGGUGUUUCUUCUUCUUGUGGCACGGCCAAGCGCUCUACCUUCAGCCGAGGACAAGACUAUUCAGACUUUGGAAAAUCUUCAUAGGAUACAAUUAUUUCACGCUUUUGGCUAAAGUUUGUUUACAGGUAAAAGAAACUCAUUUUAUUUAUGGAAAAUUUACUUAAAGCACUGAAUGCAAACCUUGUAAUACGUUUUGAAUGUUUUCCUAGAUUUUAUGAUCGUGAGAAGUACAUACCCGAGAAACACAUUUUCGCCUCCUUCGUCACAAGGGUCUAGGAUAAAAUUUUGCUCUCCGUGAAUUUUUCUCUUCCUACCCCUGCACAAUUUGAAGUAUUGCUCGUUUGUGAACACUCUUAGGUCACCAAAAUUUUCGUUAUAGUAUUUCCAACAUUAAGAGGAGUAAUGGGGAUGACGCGACCUGUAUGGUCGGUUUACGGUCGGUUUGGUAAUCACAAAAAUAACGAACUGAUCAUCGUGGGUGAAGAGUAACGAAGGAAAUUCAGGCUACGACAACACGGUUUUCCGUAAACCCCAUCGACGUCUGACUACUCCUUCCACAGUUUGAAAUUGUGGGUCAUGUUUGAGGAUCCGUUCGUAUUUUUUGUUUGUUUUGUCUCGCUUUAUUUGUUACCUUUUUAUUGCAGUUAUUAUAUGCUGUUUUCAGCGAAUUUUUCAGCAGACUGUGAUCCAAGAUUAACUACAUCUUAACCUCUCAUGUCCUUAUGAUUUCUUUCAGCUUGUGUCUUGUGUGUAUGUAGAAUAUGUGAAAAAGCACACCGGCUGCUGGGCGUUACAGUUAUUGAGCUUGUACUGUUUGAGAGAAGGUGGAUACAAGAACAACGUAGAAACCAAGAAUGAUCCUUGUGUGGCUCCUGAUGACACGGGACUUGCUAUGGACUGCGCAUGCUUCACGUUCCUUGUCAUACAGUAUCGUGUAUUCACAUCAGAUUAUUUCAAGCACGUGGUGCGUGAUCACAGAGAGCAGUCAGACAUGGCCAACAGGUCAGGAACGGCUAAAAAUUCAUGUCUCUUGCACUUCUAGAAGGGAGAGAACAGUUAUGGCAGCAGCGAGAGUGCUCACAUCUUCUUAGUGAUACGGUCACAGGGAUCUGCGUUGCGAACCCAGCCUUAAAUUUCUACUUUUUCAAUGAAACUCUUUCUCCUCCCUCCCUUUCAACCCUCCCUAAAAAGCAUUACUCCAAUUUCGAUUUCUUUAUGGAUGCUCAUCAAUUCUUAUACGAUUUUACUCACAGUUAAUGUAGAUUUUUGAAAUUUAUAUUUGUAUUACAAUACUAGGUAAAUCUGAAGUCUCUGUUGUUGUGAAUUGAAGUUAUGGAUGUAUGUUUGUUUUCCUUAGGGGUGCUGAGUUAGUCAAUGAACAUGUUCGUGCCCAGUUAGAUGCCGUGAGACGAGAAGACAAAGGGAAGAUGGAUAGAAUCAGGAAAUCGUAAGUUGAACGCUUGAUAACCCGCUCUUGCCACAUCGAGGUGUUACCCAGAAUAUUAGAUGCCGCACUGUGAAAGGGCUAACUAUUCACUGUGCAUUUCAGCUUGGUGCCCCGUUAUAACUGACAAUAUUUUAAUUUUGCUGUAACUUUUUUGUUUCAGGCUUCACAAGCUGAAACAGAAACUGGCCAAGUUGCACCCGGCAGGAAUGCAGUACGAACCCCAGUCACACUAUGAAGGUAGCACUGUCUGUGAUGCCACCGUUAGCUUUUCGCUCUUGGAAAACCUUUUGCUAGAGACUUAACGUACUCAGUGUCUUCUUCACGCGGUUUUCAAAUCAAAAGAAAUUUGUACAAUUUUACGCCAACCGCUGAAAGCUCAAAGCUACCAACCAGUCGACGUUUUGAUUUAAUGCAGGGUCGUUUGUCUCUUUGUGAACCAUUGCAUCCGUUACAAUCCGGCGUCGCACUUGGUUAUAAUUACCUCCGCCGGCAACCUGUUUUGAAGUAUUUUACACGUAAAUAAAAUUGGCUCUGCAUUGCUACUUGGUAUAGAUAUGACAUGGAUCAUUAAUUUGGCUUGGUGUAUAUUUGCUCCAUCAUACACAAGCUUUUUUUUAUUUUAUUUUAUUUUUAUUUUUUUGGCUUCUUUUUCUUCGUAUUUGGCUUAUAGCGCUUGACAUGUCUCGCUCUCGUUUCUCUCAUCUUUUGCAGCAAUUUACUCCGGCGAUUACAAGUGGUUUGAAAGUGAAUCAGAAGCAGAGUCCGAGGGUGAAUCAGCGACGGGGAGUCCAACACAUGACAGGAGUCACAGUCCCACUGAGGCAGAAAGAGGGCGAGGUGUAGCUGAGGAGACUGGAGACAAGGGUAUGUCUCUUGUUUAUUGAAAAAGGGGAAAGAAGGAAGAGAGAAGAAAAGUGACGAGAAAAAAAGCGUACUUUUCCGAAACGUCGAGAUUUAAAAUCAAUUUCAACCCUGAAAAAAUUACGAAGUUCAAGAAAGCAAGUUAUGACAUUAUUAAUGAGGUGUGAAAAACUUUCGAGAUUUGGUUACAUUUAGCCCAACACACGGCAAUGACCAUCUCUUUGAUGAGGCCUCUUCAUUAAUCAGACCGCCUUUUAGUAUUCCACAUCAAUUUUAGCUCAAGUGGUCACCCUGCCCUGUAACUAGGAACUUUUGGGGGGAAUUUUCUUGCUUCCUCAUUUUGCUAAAACAAUUUUGAUCACAGAGAAACCGAGCGAAGUUCCAGUAGAGGCCACAGGAGGGGCAGCCUGGGGUCGGAAGAGCUCUAGCAGUUCAAUUGGCAAUGAAGAUGAAUUCGUAGAAGUUUUCGUCCCGGAAGCAAGUAGCGAUGACGGCCAGGCGGAUGGGUUUGUCACCAAAAUUAAAAAAUGGUGGAGCUGGUUGUAUUACUAUAUCGCUAUAUCUGUGGAUAAAGUCAUCGACUUAUUAAAUGACAUCUCCAAAGACUACAGAGAGAUCGCCGAUCAGCUUAAGAGAGAACAAAAAGAGAAGAGACAUGAGAAGCUGCGUCGUGCUAAGCUUGGUUACGGAAGUGCUCGCAUUCGGCUCGGUGAAGCGUCGGAUCCCGAAGCAGAUACGAAGGUGCGCGUGAGAAUACUUUUUUUCUUUCAUAUUGUAACUUACAUUCAACCCUUUACGCCCAAAUAUCAGUAUGCAUAUUCUCCAUACUUAUCUCCAUACAUUUCCAGAGGUGCUGGAAAGGAGAAUUUGUUGAUCGCGCUUUUUUAGUUGGAGUUCAUUGCCUUUAUUCUUGUGACCUUAAUGUGUGAUUCAGGGCUGAUAUUGUGACAAAAAAAAAUAGAUGCUAGUCUCUGUUAGGGGCCAAAGGGUUAUCAAGAUGGAUUUUAAUUUUACUAGAAACAUGGUGUGAAGAUUUCAGCCACCUUCUAAGUCUCCCAGUCUAUCGAGUGUUCGUAAGCAGAGAGUAAUGCUCUGUAGCUGAGAGCUAUGGCAGGCGGCUAUAUCUCAACUUUUUCGUGGUAAACAUCCUCGAAGUCCAGGAGCACGUUAAGGAUAGUCAUUAAAUAUGCAGUUAGAAAGAGCACGAAAGUCGUGUGCCUUUUUACAUAUACAUAUAUACAUAUACAUAUAUAUAUAUAAACAUACAUAUACUGCAAAUAACUGAAGGAGGUCUUUGACCGAAACGUUUUUAUUAGUUUUUUUCAGAAGUUGUCCAUCCUCGCAUUUUUUUAACUCUUUACGUUCGUGUUUGUUGUGAGGUUUGGACUGCGAAUCUUUAUUGAUCCUCCUGGCGCGGUGCGCCUUUGUUGGCCUGAGAGUUCUACUAACAAUUUUUACAUAUAUAUAUAUAUAUAUAUAUAUAUAUUUAUAUAUAUAUAUGUGCUAUACUCAGCCUCACCUUCAAGUAGUAAUUUUACAAGUAGUUUUUUAACACACAGAGUAUGACGUCACGCUUUACUAUGGAGGACGAGGACGCAUGGUCUGCCUCAAACUUGGAUUUCGAGGAUAUUGACGGAAGCGCAAGCUGGCGUAAAUCCAACAUGCGUAUCUCUCGUCUAACAAUAGCUUUCAUUUACGCGCUUUUGGCAAACACUGACAUCCUGUGUUACAUGCUGAUGAUUUUAAACCACAUGGUGUACGCCAGCAUCUUGUCGAUGCCUCUUCCUUUCUUGGUAUUCCUGUGGGGUAUGCUGUCCAUUCCCAGGCCGACCAAGAUCUUUUGGAUCACCGUGAUGACGUACACACAAGUCGUAAUUGUGUUGAAGUAUCUGUUCAAGUUUCAGUUUAUCGACAUUACUGAUUGUAAUCCGUCAGAAGGAUUGGAGAAGAACAGUCCGUUGUGUUCACCGAGAAUAAUUGGUAUUGAACGGGUUGGACACACGUCUGCCUAUGAUCUGCUGUUGCUUUUGGUGCUGUUCUUUCACAGAUAUUCCUUGAAGGUAACAUUCUCUUUUAGUAGUAAUGAUCUUUGUUGAGGAUGCCAACGUUACAAGAUAUGGUUUACAUAAGGGUCCUAAAAUUUAGAAACUAAAAGGAAAAAAAAGCCAAGAAGCAAACAAAUAAAAGUAGAAGCACCAGGGAAAUGUCGUAAAUAUAAUACAAUUUUAAUAUAAUUUUAGACAGACCACGCUUAAAUGCAUUAGGGGACUCUGCUUUCCUUCUUUGGUUCCCUAGUGGACCAGUAAAACUCCCGCUCAGUUAAGAAUUGGCUCGUGCGUCUCUGUGCGUUCAUCGAGGUAUGAAGCACGGGGGAAGUUUGAAGGGCACGAAAGAUGUGUAAGGAUUUCUGGAGGCGCAACGUCAUCAGUAUCCAAAUUGGAUUGUGUGAUUAAAUUUGAAUUUGCUAGUUAAGAAACGGAUGGAUUUCAAAAAGACUAUAAAAUAACUGUGCUGUUAAACCAUCGAACUGAUCAAAUAUGGGUGAAAGGUGUAACCACCAAAUAUCAAAAUACAUGGGAGUCCAAUACACAACCGUUUGCAAUAUGUUCCCCACAUUGCAUUUUUUUGUAUCUUUGUAUGUUCGACUUUAGGUUCACGGUUUGUGGAGAGACCACGCGAAUCGAGAAGACGGUGAGGAUACUGAUGAACCACCAAUGUCACCCAUAUCACCAGGUACAUCCAGUAUUUACAGCUAGUAGGUUUGUGACAGUUUUGAGUGAUAUAGCCGCUAAAAUGAGAAGCGAGGCUUCCAGAGCGCCGACGUUUUGCAGCUGGAAGUUUGAAGUGCAUGGAUAAUUGUAAUUUUUUUUAUCAUCUUUUCCUAGGUCCUUUUAGUAAAGUAAAUUCUGGCUCUAUAGUGCUGGACAGAUCGUCUUCCAUCGAGAGCAGCAUAUCAACUCAGCAAUCACAGGUUAGUCUAAAUGUUCGCUUAUAUAUUGUUCGCCUGCGCAAGAAAUCUGGCAAAUUAACACUGAACCAAGCUGUUGCGAAGGUGGUGCGUAUUCCUUGCCAUCAGUCACUACUGUUUAUGGAAGAUCUCGGUGCUGACUGUGUUGUAGCUCUCAUGAUUUUAGCCUUAUAGCUAACAAGUAAGGGAGGGAAACGUUUUCAAAACAACCGUCUUCAUAGAGAGAUUCUCGCGAUCAAAAGAAGUUUUUACCGUAAUUUCUUCUUUUGAUAUUUUAGACAAACCGGCAUGUGCCUAUAGGUUCACAAGCUGACUUCUCCUUCCUUUAUACAUCAGCAUAGAAAACGUGAUAGCGUCCUUUGUCGAUUAACAUUUGCUGGAGUUGGUUUCCCUUGAAUCAUGCACCCUUUCCUUGGAAAGUGUGCACGGAAGUUCGCAUACAUGAGCAGAUCUCGUCCUGGACAAGGUUUUUUCAGGACAGAUUUCCAUGUUCAAAAGCGACCAUUUUAGUUGGUAGACAUGGAGGCUCGUCAAUGAAAAAACAUUUCAUUUUCUACCAUCUGCUCUGCCAAGAAACCAUUUCAAAGUAAAACGUAAAAUAAGUAAAAAAAUAAUCAAAUGUUUCUUUUUAGACAACCAAUGCGACGGAUGGGGAAGAGAGAAAUAGCAAGCAAGAAUGGUAAAUAACAUUCCUUGCGCAUUUUAACAGCAUGCAGUUCAAUCAAUGCAUUUCCUCUUAACAUACAUUUUUCAAUUUUGUUCUUUCCUCAGCGGAUUGUGCCAUCCAGUGGCUACGUUUUUGCGUCGUAUUUAUGAUCCUGAAGUUGGUUCUGGUGCUGUGGAUGUUUAUGCUAUGAUGUUCGCGUGUCAGUUUAUCAUCUUCAUCAUAAUUGUGUUCAGUUGGUCGGCUUUUUCCUCUUCAGAGGUAAGGAGUCUCUCAGUUUUAAUGAAAGUAAACGGUAUAAAUGUCAGCGGGGAGUAGAAGGUUUACCAAUGGACUAUCAGAAUAGUCGGUGAAAGUGGAACAUUUCAAUACCUCUUGAUUAGACAGACUUCGGAAGCAGAUGGCAUGAUAGUUUCCAAUGAGGCCGUAACUACUGUAACCAUUAGAAAAGAAUGAAAGCUCCGAGUUUUCAUAGUUUCACGGCAUCAUCAGGGAAGUAGAACAAGUGUUUAGAGGGACUGAAAUUGGCUGUUUUCGAGAUUAACCCCUCAAAGGGACUACUUGUCGUAGAAGAACCAGUUGCAUUUUGAUAUGGAAAUUUGCAGCUAAUUGUACAUGUCAGCGGCUAUCGAUUUCAAUUUACAACAACGCUAAAACAUGAAUCACCGUAGUUACCUAGGGGUGACUGGUUAUGGGUGUUUUAAGAGUUCCAAUGAUAUCCCUGGAAUUGCCCGUGUCAGCCUACAGGGAUGUGUAAUGUUUAGUUAAAUGAGACUUUAGUGCCUUCAAACGUGCAUUUUCUGCCAAUCCACGUAACUUAACACCCGCCAAGUAUGUCUCUCCUAUAGACUGAAAAUGGAACGCCUUUUAGUACAAGAUGAUCUUUUCACUAGUUGCAAUGUAGUAUUACCCUUUAGAACAAAAGGUGAUAUAUUAAUUGGAGUUAAAACUCGCGUAGUAGUCUUAAGACUUAAACGAGAAUUCAGGAGAAAUAAAUAUAUGAGUUAAUUGAGCUUAAUGUAUUUUUGUUCAUUAUUCCUCUCUCUAAGUUUCUUCUCUUUUGUAUGUAGACGAAACCGCAAGCGCAAUUUAUGCAGAUUAUUGAGCAAAAUGUGGUAAGUUGUGUUUUCUUCAAGUGUUAUUUCAGCAGGAGCCAAAAUCCCCCUUACAAAUGUGGAUGAAUUUGAAAAAGGGUUUUUCAUCUUAUUCCUCUCAAUAAUAUGGAUAAAUUGGCUUUCUAGUCCUCGACGACUGGUAUAUGUAGAGCAUGCGCAUUGCAUGGUUCAAAAGAGGACUGUUAGAAUCACUACUUGGUCAUUUGACGUCAUCUAUUUGAUCGUCAUCUCCAUACCACUCAAUCUAGCCGGUGCUCUCCAAUUUCUCCUCUUUGGAGACUGUUUUCGAUGCCAUCUGUGGAUUGUAGGUCAGGCUUGGUAGAAAGAUAUGUGUUUCAGACUUAAUCUAAUUGACAUUUCGCCUAAUUUUUUUGUAGGUGCCGAAAACCUUUCUUUACAUGUUGUUAUCGCAGUUUUUUCUCAUCGUCAUCGACAGGUAAAUAUGAUUUCCUUGGCUAAAAGUGCAUGUGUGACUCUUGGAUAUUGUUAUUGUUGCAAGUGAUAUGAUUAUUUUAAAACACUUCGUUAUUUUUUCCUUACAGAUAUUUGUAUUUAAGGAAGUUUGUGAUUGCAAAGCUGAUGUACAAUGUUUUCUUGGUGAUUUCAUUCCACUUGUUCAUGUUUUUUAUCGUGCCGCUCGUUACGCAAAGGUAUGUAAAAGAAAGAAAAAAAAAACGUUUCUCGACGACGGAACGCAGUACAUUACGUCUCUCUUACUGCACACAGAUCAGUUUCGACAUUGUUGCUCUUAGCAGUGUGCUUAGUACUUGUCAAAUGCAAACCUUAUACAUCGCCUGCAGUUUAGUUUGCCAGCGACUCUCAGGGAGCUCAGUUCGAACAUACUGCGAACCUAGAGAUGUUCAGAUCCGAACAUACUGCGCUUUAAAUCCUUACAUAUACACUUAGAUUUAUUAUUGCCCUAGCUUUGGUGCCGAAUUUUUUUUGUUGUUCUUGGUUGAUUGCCAUUCUUAAAGGUGGCAGUUUGAGAAAAUCAUGAAGGAAUAUUUGUACGGAAUAUGCUUUUUGUCAUCACUCUAGGCCUUUUAUCAAGAACAUUCCCGCAAUCUUCAUGUACAUCUUCAUGUGUAUGUACUUCGGUCUGUCCGCCUAUCAAGUGCGUUGCGGUUACCCGACCAGGAUUCUGGGUAAUUUUUUGACAAAGAGCUAUACCUUGACCAGUGGAAUUCUAUUCCAGGGGUAAGUCCGUUUGAGAUUGAAAAGAUGAUCUCUAACGUCGAAAUUUCUCCCUCAAUUCACCACUUGAAAUGAGCUUUAAUUUUAUUUUCAAUUUCCUUGAUCUGCCACGAAAUUAUUUUCAAGAUUAGAUUUGUCUCCAUCAUCUGUUAUGUUACUAGUUUCCAGGCCAUUCCCUUCCUUCUUGAGUUGCGCAGUGUGUUGGACUGGGUUUGUACGGAUACCACGCUGACCUUGUAUCACUGGCUCAAGAUGGAGGAUAUUUAUGCUAACAUUUAUGUCUUGAAGUGUUACAGAGAAUCCGAGAAGGUGAGAACAGUUUUGCCAGCGGUAGUCCACUGGAGUUAUUGAAUGAAUGGUUCAGUCGUUUAGAGCCGGUAGAGAAGAAAUGGCGGCUAUCCGCUUUUGUCCCCUUGUCCAUCAUGUUAAAAUAAAAAAAGUUGUGUGCUUUUGCGUUACCCAAAACGUCUCAAGAACUGAUAUCAAGUGGCGGCUGGGAAAAGUGUGGUUGGGGUGGAACGCGUUGUUUUCCUGAGUUUAAACGGGAUGUUUACAGCAAAGGCAAGCGGUAAAAAUUUUACUUGAUUUUGAACCUGAUGAAGUAUUGCAAAAGUCUCUUAUUGAUGGUCGAUGUGAUCGGUCGAUGCGUAAAAUGAAAACGGUAGAUCAAAGAUGGCGUGAAGUUCAAAUUUUGCUGUUGACACUUGCUGCAAACGUCACGCGUAACCUCUCUCAAUUGACUGUGACUUACGCCGAGAAGGUAACUUUGGCCACGGCUAUGGUGAAGUAAACUUGAUUCACAGGUUAAUCCAUUUUUUCUUUGGUGUCUAGACAUGGUUUCAAGCCAGGGGCCAAAAGUAUUGGACUAUUAGCAAAUGGGGCCUAGGCGGACUCCUGGUGGCUCUCCUGGUGAUCGUGAUAUGGUUCCCUCUUUUGUUUAUGUCCUACAUCAAUUCUGUAUAUACAAGUAACUUGCCACAGGACGCAACGUUCACACUGUCUAUCGGAGGAUACCAGGUCUGUGCAUACUUAGUUGUAUGUUUACUUCUGGCAGUUAAACCUUAAUUCUCAGGAGUAACCUUAAAUUAAUUCCCAGUGUGAGAUCGAUUCAUUUAAGCUAACGGACUCUGCUAAAUAAAGGGGGUAAGUUUUUGGAGAAACUGUGGGACUACGUUGGUGGGAGAGUUUAACAGGGUAAUUUAGUAGUAUCAACACUGAGUUGAUAAUGUAAAUUGGCCACCGUGAAGGGUUUAAAAGCUGACGUUUCGAGCGAUAGAUGAAGGGCCAACGCUCGAAACGUCAGCUUUUAAACUCAUCACGGUGGCCAAUUUACGUUAGCAACUUAGUCAAAAGCACUAAAUCACACGGAAACAUCUGUUUCGGUCCUAUUAUUGUUAAAAAAAACGUUUUACUGAUAAAUGAGGUUCUAUAAAGAGAAAGUAAAUAAGAUCGAUAAAGAGUAACUUGCGAGCUGGCCCUCAUAAUCAGCGCUGGGACGCGAUUUUGUCUUCGCCUGCGUGGAAAGUAUGAGGCCUGGAGGCAAGCGCACCGGCGAGAGGUCUUUAUCUGCAUCUGGACCCAGACCCCUUACAGAUCUCUCUCUCCGGCUCGCUUUGCUCCAGGCCUCCAACUUUCUCGCGGGAGAGGAAACACUCGUGCGGCGACGUAAGUAAUAAGAGCCUUCUGUUGGGUUAAGUGAAGAGCUGAUCUCCACGUGAAAGAGCAUUUGAUGCCCAGAUCAAGUUCAUAAUGCGAGUCACGGCUCAGUACUUCAUUAAACGUUUUUAUGUUUAUCUUCCCUCUCCACAGCCAUUAUUCAAAGUCAGCGCGCAAGAGAAAUCUUUGAACGUGUUGUCUGACAUGGAAAUCGACAAGAUAAAAAAAGAACGUCCAGGAGGAUAUUCAGAAACUGAGGUGCUCACUUGACUUGGCCCUAAAGUAAUUUCUGGAAACCCCCAAAAAAUCUCGUUUCGCCCUUUAAAAUUAAUGUUAUUGACCGUCAAAUCAAAGUGGUCUCUCCAUUCAACUUUUUACCUUUUCUUAAAUUGUAACAAGCUACGACAGUUAAAAUGUUUGUUCACCAAGCCCCCUUCAAUUGUGAAAGAUAAUCAUUUCGUUGUAUUGUGGACUCAUAUUCUCUGAGAGUAGAUGUGGAAGCUGUUUCACUUUAUGACUCGAACCGUGUGAUUUAUGAAGUGCUAUAAAAGUUAUUACUGUGUAAUUAAUGGAGCCUGCAAACACCCUAGGGUUAGAUCAGUCAUUUCGAGGGGUUUGGUUUCUCUAGCCAAAAGGAUUUUUGAUAAGCAACCGUGAUGAGAAUGUCGAUAAGAAAAUUUGUUUAAUCUUCUCGUAGGUCCAUUUAGCGUUGUAUGCACCUACAACCAGUUGCAGAAGACAAUUUUUCACCUUUUGACCCAACGUAAUGUAUUCCCCCACUCCCCUAUUUGCAAUGUUGGUAGCUAAGCAGUAUCAUGUACAAUACUUCGAUCAAAAACUUUGAAUCGAGAAAGGGGGAGAGCUUUUAUUUUUUUGCACUUAAUUCUCUUGGGUUAUCUGAUAAAGUUGGUGAACACGUUUUUUGCUCAAGGUAUUUCAUUAUUUUGCAACAUGCUGUAGCUUGCGCUUCGAGCCAUUCGAGUGAACACGGCGCUUUAUGAAAACACGAAUACGUCAUAUUCUUCUAAAUGGCUAUGUAGGGACGCUUUUGAUUGGAUUUGUCAAGGUGGUCGAGGAAUGUAAAAUAUCAUCCUUCUGCAUAUCAAACUUUUUUUGUUGACUCUAACCACAAGUUUCUCUCAUAGUUGGAGACAUUCUUCCAAAGUUUUAAAGGGAGAGGUACAGUGGUUCAGGUGAAGAUUGUUGGUAAUUCUAGCUCCAUCUGGACCAUCAGUCCACCAUCACGUGACCUAAUGACUAAGUACCUUGCCGACAACAACGUUACAAUGCGCUUCAGUUAUGAGUUUACAAGGUGAGAGUUGGGCUACCUGUGAUCGUUUGCACGUCUUCCCUUAUCCUGCGAGGUUUUCGUGCUUUCUGUUUUACAAGCGGCGAGGCCACUAGUAACCAGUUAGCGAGGAGAUGGCUCGUUUGUCCGCAUUUCUUUGCCGCUCGUAUUACAUGUUCUCGUCAACGACAACCUGCUGUUACAGUAGACAAUUAAUCCCAUUUCAUCCAUUACCCCGUUAUCACACAUUUUUUAAUUGACCUCGUCUCCAUCAUUUUCUCCUCCUCAAUGUAUUCCUGAUCCACAAACUCCUAUUUCCACAUUCCCCCUAAUCUACUUCUCCGGAAAAAGUGGUUGAAAAUUAUCGAAAAUAUUAAAAUACAUUUUAUAAAGGAAAUCAUACCAGCCCCUAAGUAAGUACAUUUCAAUUGGCAAUCUUUUAAAUGUUUCGUUUUUUCAAGUGUUGAUGUAGCCGAGGAACUGUUAUUUUAAAUUGCUUAAAAUUCAGUAAUCAGUAUGAAAGAAUGUGUUGGAUAUCCCGUAACUUGUAGAAAUGUCAGUACGCAUGAACGAUUUCAGAUUGUCAUCUCCUCGAUUAAAGAAUCUUCCUUCACACUACUUGUGCCGUUUUCGCUCCCGCUCUGCAGAAUAGAACCCGUGAAAUUUUUAAUUUCAAUCGCAAUUUGAGAGAGAAUAUGGUAUAUUCAUCUUACUCUCAUUAAACCUGCUUAUUCAUUCUGCUCAUUUGUCAUUAGAGAGCCUAAAACGGCCCUCGCACAGGAGACCAUAUCCGGUGUGACCCAGGUCCUCCUCGACAAUUCCACUAAAAGUCAACUGGCUGCUAUGUUAGAAGGGAAUUCAACCAAAGAUGACGUGUAAGGAAACCUGCUUUAUAUUGUUGUUAAAUAUCCUUACGUGGAAAUUUUUAGGUAACUGUUUUUUUAUCUUCUUUUUCCUAUUUUACAGUUUCAACGUGAAUUGAUACAUCUGUGAACUUGAAAUAAAAGGAAAGAUUGAGGAUAUUCUGCACGGAGAAUAAAGCUAAACAACACCAUAACCAAAAAGUUACGAGUUGAUUCCUGCGCAGAUUCAAAUAGGCUUUUGACUUUUCCGAGGCUCUUAUGUUAUCUUUCAAUGUUUUCGAGUUCCUCAUACCGUGCCAUCCACAACUCUCCUGAUCAUUCUUAUCAUUUUGUGAGUUAAUUUUCAUAUUCGAUUUCAAGGUUGAUCAAGGACUUGUUCCCAAGCUUCGUACGCGUCCCAGCUAGUGGCUCGGUCACUGCGGUCUUAAAUAACAACGGAGCCAACUUUGUGACGUGCCGUCUGCGCAUGCGAUCAAAGAGCGUGUUUGAUUGGUGGGAACUGACACAGAAGAGUCCCACUCCACUUUUUGGUGCCAAGGACAAUGUACUGGAAAUGAUCACAUUCAAUGACUUAGUACCGCCGCUGCACUUCUCUUUCUUCACUAGCACUGGGUAGGAUGUUUAAAUCAUUGUGUUUACCCUUCCACUUCCAAGAUUUUUUAUUUUUUUAUUUCAAUUUUCCGCUCUGUCUACCAUACAGUCCACAGGAUACAUAGUUUAUUGAACAAAUACAUGAAAAAACUACGAGCGUCUGAUUGGGUGAAAACGACUCCAUUUUCAUGUAGCACGAAUAAAAGUUGCAACACGAGUGCCAAUUACAAAUAGCGCGCUCGCGCGCUGCCAAAAUUUCGUCCGUCUUGACUUUCUGUUAUGCGUUUUUCAUGUAAAUUAUUAACAAGUAACAACAUGAUUUCCCGUGCAAUUUGGUGUAAAUAAACACUUGUAAAUUUUUUAAAGACUACACAUUGCACUCGCCCUCCAGGCUCGUGCAAUUUUGUUGUCUUUUUACUCAUACAAAUUAAAUGAAGGGGUGGGGGUGGGGGGUGGAUUUGUAUCAUUAUUUUCAAUAGACUGCUAGUUUAAAGAAAAAAAACAUAAGCCUGUUGGUAUGGUAAAGUGUGUCAUGUAAGAUCAAGCACUUUGUCGCCAAUAUAUUGACUCUUGAUUGAGACAACUGUUAAUUGAAAAAGUCAUAGCGCCUCAGUUUGUUUGGGAGCAGGGAACCACGAUGGUGCAUUAGAGGGUGCCUCGCCUCGCACCUCUGUAGCCUUGGUACGACUCCCGACAUUACAUGCGGGUUGAGUUUGUUGUUAAUUUUUCUCUGGAUUCUGCGGUUUUUGUCUAUCCACGAAAAUCAACUUGACCUGGAAACUUUCGGCAAGGAGCCAUCCCGUGGAUGUGCCACUGCUGAAUUAUUACGGAUUUUUAUUUCAUUUUGGUUUUUUCGAUGAUCUCUUUCAGGAUAAUCGGACUUUAUGUGGGUUUCGUUUGGUUGAUUGGCAAGUUUGUCCGUCUGUUUUUCACUUCCAUAUCCUACCGUAUCAUGUUUGACGAGAUGCCAAACGUUGAUAAGGUUCUCAAAUUGUGCCUGGAUAUCUUCAUGGUGCGAGAGAGCAAGGAACUCAAGUUAGAGGAGGAUUUGUUUGCCAAGCUCAUGUUUCUGUACCGGUCACCACAGACGCUCAUAAAAUGGACGAAAUACAAACGGAAUUAGUGACAUGUAUGGAAGAAAAAGAUUAGAAAAGAAGGCGUACCUUUUGUUGAAUUGAUAUUCACUUUGGAAACGACUUGACUGAGGUGCGCCUUCGAACGUCUUGCACAAUCUUAGUCGUCGUACUAUUUCCAUUCUUUCUUUUGUCUGUUUAUGUGGUUUUUACUCGCCUUUUACAUGACUGACACACACAACUCAAGCAUGGGUUAUUUGAUUUGUUGGUAAGGGUACCAUUUAAAGUGCUUUUCCUUUGUUUAAGUUCGUAAAGGAAAAACUUUGAAAGAGAAAUGUGGGUAUAGCUUUGUAUGCUAGUUAGAGCAUCUAAUUCAUGCCGGCAAGCAGGCGGUUCAGUAGAUUGAUUGAGUCUGCGAAAUACUACUGAUGAGAAUGAAAACUGAAAUGAAGAAGUAAUGAUAAAGUAUAAUAUAAUUAAUUGCUUUCCGACGACUAUAAGGUUGUUAAAUGUUUCCUAUUAUUCAAAGUUGAAAAUCAUAAUGGGGAAUUUGCAAAUUUAUUUUUCCUGAAAAGGGAGAAACAAGAUGACAAAAUAUUUCAUGAAGAAUAUUCAAAUUGCUACUUGCUUUCCAGCAAGUACAGAAUAAUUGCAUGUUUAUAUAUGAAAUAACAGUAAAAGAUAUUUAUCGUAAUCAGAGACAAAACUUGAUAUUUAUUGAAGAUCCCUUUUCAGAAUUGCUGAAAUUCACAAAGAUUUUGUACGCAUAAUCCACCAGGCUAUUUUGGAAAGUCAACCAAAGGCAAUUGUGCCCUUUUCUAGCUACUGAUGCGUUUUGAAAUUAGAAUACAUUGUGUGACGAUAAAUCUUCUCUGUGAAUCCCUACGUAAUAUAUAGAAUUUUUUUAACUAACGGCCAUUGUGUUCCCUUAGACUGAAAAUUCAACCGCAAUUUACAGUAAUAUUUUUUUAUUCGGGAAGCAAUAUGAUGAAAGUGACUGCUACCAUGAUAAAUCGGGGAGAAAUUUGAGCUAUACUACUGGAAUUGUACUUUUUAAUAAAACUGUUCAAUUGGU